AUGGUUGCCUCCACCAAGUCUUUCCGUGCCAUGUUGGCCAUGACGGCCCUCGCGACUGGUGUCGACGGCCACGGCUACAUGACGGAGCCGGCCGUGACGUUCCUGUCCUCGUCGACCGACAACACGCAGUUCAUCGCCACCAUCGAGUCGUCGGCGUCCGACUUCAGUGGCACCUUCUCGGGCUCGCCGGCAGACAACACGGCCGCCUUCACCAAGGCCUUCGAGGCCAGCUCGUACACGUCGCUGAAGGAGCUCAUCAACGACAAGGCCACUAUCACGGUCACGGACGCCACGCUCACCUGCGGCUCGUGCGACCCGGACGAGACGGCCCAGCCGCUGCCCGACACGUACGUGGAGUGGUCGCACUCGUCCACGGAGGGCUUCAGCUCCUCGCACGCGGGCCCCUGCGAGGUGUGGUGCGACGAUGUGCGAGUGUUCCAAGACGACGACUGUGCUGCCGACUAUACUUCGGCCCCGGCCGAGCUGCCGUACGACCGCGACGCGUGCUUGGGCACCAGCACGCUGACCUUCUACUGGCUGGCGCUGCACUCGUCGACCUGGCAGGUCUACAUCAACUGCGCGCCGCUCGAGAGCACCACCUCCACGGGCGCGACGUCCAAGUACGCCGUGUCGGGCGCUAGCUCUGGAACUAGCAGCAGCGCCAGCACGAACUCGACGUCGACUGCCACCACAGCCCCGUCGACGGCGUCUUCCACUGCCUCGAGCUCCUACAACUUCAACUCGAACUUCGCGACGUCCACCUCAGCAUCCACGAGCGACGAAACCACCUCGACCACGGACGCGCCUGCUGCGACCACGGCAGCUCCGACAACGGAAGCCCCAACGACAGCCCCAACUACGGAUGCGCCGACGACAGCCCCGACUGCUACGACCGCCACUCCAACCGCUGCUACCACCGAGACGAGUAAGUGCUCGGUGCGUCGUCGCCGCGAUUAA